GCGGAGACUCUCGAAAGAGGAACAAGCACUCAUUUCUUUGGUAAAUCUCCUGGAGAGGCUUUACACUAAUCCCUGCUACACCACCGAGUUCAACAGAAUGACCACCGGCCUGACGACGGGUCAGUACCCCCAGCGAGCUCACAGCGGGUCUGUGCCGCCUUUCUGCUCUUGGCCGGCGGGUGGCCAGCCCAUGUUGCUUGUGGGACUUGUUUGUGAUGGUGCCAUUGGCGGCCACAUUGCUGUCCGAAGCUCGAUACAGUUGCUGAAGUUCUCUCACGGCAGUUUUCAUGCGAGCAAACCGAUUCCCCGUUGCCUACCUGACGCUCAGGUGGACACCCGUGGCGGUGGACCGCAGUAUUUCGAGCAACAGACGAGCUUGCGGGAACUGCCGAUGGCACAGCGCAUGCCCUUGGAGCUCUAUGACAUGUGGUCUGGAUACCAGACGCCAGCAAUGGCCGCAAUGCUCGAGAUGUCUCCCAGAGCACGCAAGGGAUGGGCCAGCAUGCCUUGCGGCGAUGUUGAGGACUUGGAUGCAACACCUGUGCUGGGCCUGUCGAACUUUCACAAAGGAUCCAACCUUGCACAGGAUGUGCAUGGGGACGAUGUCGCCGAUAUGCGCGAACAAGCAGAUGAAGGUGACACAGUCCAGGUCCCCAGUUUCGCAGUACUGCUGGCCUGUCCAGCAAAUCUGUCACCUCUAGAAGGCCGCAUCAGUGUAGAAGGUACACAGAUCAAGUGCAGCGAGCAACUGCACUCAACGACAUCAACGCUUGCAGCUUCGGGCACCGUGUAA